AUGUUAUCCAAAGGAUCAGCUCUGCCGAAUGGGAUAUCUGCCCAGUUGUCCCGUGGCCAUGCACUGGCGGCAAAACAGAAAACCCUCCAACUUCUCAACCAGUCAUUGAGUGAUAUAGACAAUGUAGACCCUGAGGUUAUACUCACGGCUAUCCUGCUAUCUAUUAACUACGAGCUCGUAAGCUCUGGAAAAGACGACUGGAAGGUGCAUGUGGAGGGUGCCCAGAAACUUAUAGAUUAUUUUGGCCUGUCGAGGCACUCUGAUCUAGGCACUCACUCUGCAAUGGGUGCGUUACGCGACCACGUUGUUUCAGAUUGCCUGAUCUAUUACAUACUCGGCUCAACCUUCUCCCCCAAGCUACCCAGGACGGGAGCCAUCCAUUAUCCUCCGCUAGACGCGCUACCGAUGCUGGAGCGGGCAGAGGCAAACAGCUACAUGUCCUGCCCAGCGUUUUUACUUCAAAUAAUGCUUUCGGCGUCACAUCUGUCCAGCCUAGACAAGGUGACAACACUCGAGGAAGAACAGGCUUUCUACCUGAUGAAGAGAGCUCAGUCCUUUGGCAUCCAUGCAUGGGCGGCAUCUGUGCAAGGUAUUUCGUCAUACAACGACUUUGAUAGCCGCGUACAUGUGGCAACCGCACAUAAAUCCGCGGUAUGCCUCUACAUUCACCGAGCUGUCCCAUCUGCAAGCCUGCUAGAUAAAAGCAGCAUAAAAGCCACGAUCAAUGACAUCAUAUGGCACCUUUCCUUCAUACUUCCUGGAAAUCUACUACUCAAGGGUACUUCUUGGCCAACAUUCAUAGCAGGCGCCGAGAGUCAUGAUCCGGAACAGCGAGCAUGGGUUGUAGCCCGUCUUCACGCGUUAUGGGAGAUCCUGCCAUGGGGCUAUGUCCAUACAGCGAUUGAGAUGCUGAGAACAACAUGGGCAGCCGAGGAUCUUGCCACUGAAUUGACUGGCGGGUGGCUCCAGAGGCUGAAAGCGUUGGGAAACGACUGGAUUGUUGUUUGA